AUAAUCACCUAAGAUGUAACUUUUAAAGUGAUCACCUCAAAUGUAGCCUCUCAGUUUGGUUCAUUUCUUUACACGUUGAUGUAAAGCAUUUCCCUGUGGUAUCCGGCGCAGAUGUGUCCUCCCUCCAAUCCCAGUGACGGGUCUGUCCCGCCCUCAGCCCUCCGGCUCCGGAGCUCCUCGCAGCCGGACCCACACGCUGGAGAAACUGCGGAGAAGCACAGCGGGUUACGUAGAACCGGAAGGACGGACCAGCGCGAUCUUCACAGCGGGAAGGUGGGGCGCGUUGUGCACAGCCACCAACAAGCUGCCGCCCUUCAUCAUUUAUCAUUUAAAGCGGCGGGGGGUGUACCUGGGGCUCCCACAUGGCUGCUGAGGAGACGCAGAACGGCAGAACAUUCUGAUCCUAUCGCCGAAGACGGGACAAAGCAUGAAGUUUGCGGCCGCGGUGCUGUGGGUCUCUCUGGCUCUUGGGGAAGCUGCUGCGCAAGACCAGGAGGACUUUGUGUCACUGGCUGAGCUGGAAGAUUCCUUGCUGAAAAACCUCUUCAAAGGUUAUCAGAAGUGGGUGCGGCCUGUCGGGCAUGCCAAUGACACCAUAACUGUACGCUUUGGAUUGAAGAUCUCACAGCUGGUCGAUGUGGAUGAAAAAAACCAGCUGAUGACUACAAAUGUCUGGCUCUGGCAGGAGUGGACUGAUGUGAAGCUGAGGUGGAACCCAGAGGACUACGGGGGCAUUACGUCUAUCAGAGUGCCAUCAGAGACCAUAUGGCUGCCUGACAUUGUUCUUUAUGAAAAUGCUGAUGGCCGCUUUGAAGGUUCUUUGAUGACUAAAGCCAUAGUUCGCUGGGAUGGCACUAUAACAUGGACUCCCCCGGCCAGUUAUAAAUCCUCCUGCACCAUGGACGUCACCUUCUUCCCCUUUGACCGACAGAACUGCUCCAUGAAAUUUGGCUCAUGGACCUACGAUGGGCACAUGGUGGACCUGGUCCUUGUGGACCACUGUGUGGAUCGUAAAGACUUCUUUGAUAACGGGGAAUGGGAGAUCCUCAACGCCACGGGAAUGAAAGGAAGCAGGAGGGAUGGGAUGUACUGGUACCCAUUUAUCACCUACUCUUUCAUCCUCAAAAGGCUGCCCCUGUUCUACACUCUCUUCCUCAUCAUCCCGUGCCUCGGCCUGUCCUUUCUAACGGUGCUGGUCUUUUAUUUGCCAUCAGACGAGGGAGAAAAGCUGUCCCUCUCCACGUCAGUGCUGGUGUCACUCACUGUAUUCCUUUUGGUGAUAGAGGAAAUCAUCCCUUCAUCUUCAAAGGUGAUCCCACUUAUCGGAGAGUACCUCCUCUUCAUCAUGAUCUUCGUCACCUUUUCGAUCAUUGUCACAGUUUUUGUGAUUAAUGUUCAUCAUCGCUCCUCUACCACCUACCACCCCAUGGCUCCCUGGGUAAAAACCCUGUUUCUACAGAGACUGCCCAAGCUGCUCUGUAUGAGGGGCCACACUGACAGAUAUCACUUCCCAGAUAUCGAGAUGCGAAGCCCGGAGCUGAAGCACCGCCGGGGCGCGGGGAGGAGGGCUGUCCCUGGUCACGGUGGAAACCAGCAGAGAGGAGCCUUCGGAGGGAAGGAGGAUGAGAAGCAAGCGUGGUUGGCAAUGCUGGAGAAAGCCACGAGCUCAGUUCGCUACAUCAGCCGUCACAUCAGGAAGGAGCACUUCAUACGGGAGGUUGUCCAGGACUGGAAAUUUGUGGCUCAGGUGUUGGACAGGAUUUUUCUGUGGGCCUUCCUCACAGUGUCAAUCCUCGGAACUGUUUUAAUCUUCACACCUGCUCUGCGGAUGUAUCUUAGCGCACCUUCGUAAACUCAACCUCACAACAAAAAAAACAACUUUUUCCUGUCAGGCUCUUCGAUUUAUUCAAUACGUUAUUACUGUAUAUUUCUAUUGUAUAAAAUAACCCAAAACCUCAGGCUCCAAGCUUCCCAUUCCUAGCAGUAUGGUUUGCGGCCUCGAAUGACUCCUGGAAGCUGUCAUGUCAGAAAUUCAACCUGUCCUUUAUUCCAAGCUGCAUGUUCAGGGGUAUGAAGACGUAAGAGCAAUAAACAGGUUCAGUUAGUGUGAAUGAGCUAAGCAUCUAUGUUUCAAUGACUGUAAUAUUGCAGUUGUAAAUGCAAUAAAAGGCACAAAUAUCACUUCAUAACGGAUUAAUUAUUUUGUUCGUUACAUGCACUUUGCUCUCAACCCAUUUGUAUCACUGUCUGUAUUUUCUGCACAAUGAUCCGAUUAAAACUAUAAAUCUGGA